ACCCUAAACCCGACGAAAACCCUAGCGAUAGAGGAGGAGGAGGAGGAGGAGGAGGAGCUAGGCGAUGGAUCUCCAGGGGACGGUGAAGGAGGCGCUGAGCGCGCUCUACCACCACCCCGACGACGCCGUGCGCGCCCGAGCCGAUCGCUGGCUCCAAGAGUUCCAGCACACGAUCGACGCGUGGCAGGUUUCCGACAGUCUACUUCAUGAUGCUAGCAGUAAUAUGGAAACUCUCAUAUUUUGUUCACAGACUCUUAGAAGCAAGGUACAAAGGGACUUUGAAGAGCUACCUUCAGAAGCUUUUGGACCACUGCGUGAUUCCUUAUAUGCAUUGCUAAAGAAACAUAAUAAAGGACCGCCUAAAGUCAGAACGCAGAUUUGCAUAGCAGUUGCUGCUUUGGCUGUGCAUGUGUCUGUUGAAGAGUGGGGUGGAGGUGGUAUUAUGAGUUGGCUGAGCAAUGAAAUGAAAUCUAAUCCAGAAUAUGUCCCUAGUUUCCUUGAGUUGCUUACAGUCUUGCCACAGGAAGCUUACAGUUAUAAGAUAGCUGCUCGUCCUGAAAGACGCCGUCAGUUUGAGAAGGAGCUAGUUUCAUCUGCUGAAGUAGCUCUUACUCUCUUGACUGCUUGCUUGGGUUUUGAUGGAUUGAAAGAACAGGUUUUGGAAGGGUUUGCUUCUUGGCUUCGCCUAAGUCAUGGGGUCUCUGCAUCUACACUUGCUUCACAUCCUUUGGUACAUGCAGCACUGUCAUGUUUGAACUCUGAUCAACACUUGGAAGCUGCUGUAAAUGUUAUAUCUGAACUGAUACAUUAUACUGUAUCUGGGAAUUCCGGUGGUAUUGCAACACAGUUACCGCUGAUUCAUGUUCUUGUGCCCCGUGUUAUGAGUCUUAAAGAGCAGCUUAAAGAUCCAUCUAAGGAUGAAGAAGACGUUAAGGCUAUUGCUCGCUUAUUUGCUGAUAUGGGGGACUCCUAUGUAGAUUUGAUUGCAACAGGUUCUGAUGAAGCUAUGCUGAUUGUCCAAGCACUGCUGGAAGUUGUUUCUCACCCAGAAUUUGAUAUUUCUUCCAUGACAUAUAACUUCUGGCAUAGCCUCCAGGAUAACUUGACUAGAAGGGAUUCUUAUAUGUCAUACGGAUCUGAUGCCUCAAUCAAAAUAGAAAGAAAUCGGAGGUUGCAGAUAUUUCGUCCACCAUAUGAAAUGCUAGUAUCUUUGGUUAGUUUCCGAGUUGAAUAUCCUGAAGACUAUCAAGACCUUUCAGAAGAAGACCACAAGGAUUUCAAACAUACAAGAUAUGCGGUCAGCGAUGUAUUGCUUGAUGCAACUGAAGUUCUAGGAGGUGAACAAACACUCAAGAUUCUUUUCCUGAAGCUAGUACAGGCGGUAGGAAAUUCUGAAAAUGACAAAAGCGGCAAAUGGCAACCUGUAGAGGCAGCUCUCUAUUGCAUACAAUCUAUAGCUAAGUCAGUAUCAACUCAAGAAGCAGAAAUACUACCCCAGGUUAUGGCGUUGCUUCCAAAGCUCCCUCAUCAACUGCAACUGCUACAGACAGCUUGUUCUACCAUUGGAGCCUACUCAAAAUGGAUAGAUGGUGCUCCAGUUGAACUUUCUGUCCUACCUCCUCUGGUUGACAUCCUUACAAGGGGCAUGAGUGCAUCAGAAGAUACUGCUGCUGCAGCAGCUAUUUCGUUCAAGUAUAUAUGUGAAGAUUGCAGGAAAAAGUUUUCUGGAUCACUUGAUGGUCUUUUCCACAUAUAUCAUAUAGCAAUCAGCGGGGAGGGUGGCUAUAAAGUAUCUGCUGAUGAUUCCAUACAUUUGGUUGAAGCUUUAAGUGUGGUGAUUACGGAACUGCCACCAGAGCAUGCCAAAAGGGCUUUGGAGUUGAUUUGCAUUCCAGCCAUUAAUCCAUUAGAGGAGCUAAUUAAUCAAGGUGGAGCAGCUCUUCAGCAGGUCCCAGCACGUCAGCUCAUUGUGCAUAUUAACCGGCUAGCCUGUAUUUUCAGGAAUGUAAAUCUUCCGGAAAUUGUUGCUGAUGCAAUUCAGAGAAUUUGGCCAGUAUUCAAAGCUAUCUUUGAUAACCGUGCAUGGGAUAUGCGGACGAUGGAGUCUUUAUGCCGUUCUUGCAAAUAUGCUGUAAGAACUUGUGGAAGAUAUAUGGGAAUCACCAUUGGCGCAAUGCUCGAAGAGAUCCAAGCCUUAUAUCAGCAGCAUAAUCAGUCUUGCUUUUUGUACCUCUCAAGUGAAGUUAUAAAGAUAUUUGGAUCUGAUCCAUCUUGUGCGAGUUACCUUAGAAGUCUGAUAGAAACACUUUUCAGCCAUACGAUAAAACUUCUUGUCACAAUUCAGGAUUUUACAGCUAGACCGGAUAUUGCAGACGACUGCUUUCUGCUAGCAUCAAGAUGCAUUCGCUACUGUCCUGAUCUAUUUGUGCCCUCUUCUAUAUUUCCCCCAUUGAUUGACUGCACAAUGAUUGGGAUUACUAUACAGCACAGGGAUGCUUGCAAAUCCAUAUUGACUUUCUUAUCGGAUGUCUUUGAUCUUGCGACCUCUUCUGCUGGGGCGAAGUACCAAGCUAUUAUCAAUGACAUAAUACUACGUCGCGGUGCAACUCUUACAAGAAUUCUGAUUGCUUCUUUGACUGGAGCUUUGCCAUCUUCUCGGUUAGAGGAGGUAGCAUAUGUUCUAUUAUCCUUGACAAGAACAUACGGCGCCAGUGUGUUGGACUGGGCAAAAGAAAGCAUUUCACUUGUACCACCAACGGCCAUUACAGAAGCCGAACGCUCGAAUUUUUUAAGAGUUCUCUCUGAUGCGGCAUCGGGAUCAAGUAUCUCGGCCCUCACAGACAAAUUCGAGGAGCUCUCAGAAGUUUGCAGACGUAAUCGGACAGUCCAAGACAUAGUUCAGGGAGCUCUUAGGCCUCUCGAUUUGAACUUUACUACUGUCACUUGAUGCAUACUGUCGAAAAAGCCAACUCAAAAGGUCAUGUUUUAAGGGACACAUCUUUUAUCUCCUGCUUGGGCUUGCGUGGUGUGCAUUGUUCUACGCAUUGAAUUUUGACGGCGAGUCAAUUGAUCAUUUUACCGUUUUAUACAGUUUUGGAUUGCUUCACCCUACUCAUUCUAUUUUCUUUUUCCGAAGGAGUAGCUCGGCGGAAUUUGAUUGUAAUUCUUUCAUACUUAAAUGUUAUCAGUGUACAUAUGUAUCGUCUUCCCCCUUUCUUUUGUGGUCGAUUACUACAUUAUAGAAAACUAUUUUUGUGCUCUCCACGUGCUUUGUAACCAACUCUUCGACACAUUGCCUUGUAACUGUUUGCUGAGUUUCGCA